AUGACAACAACAAUUCCAGCACUUCAUUCAUUUGAUCAUCACAAUUCAACAUGGCAAUCAUACCGCGAUCGAAUUGAUUUUUAUUUCAAAGCCAACAAAAUCGUUGACAAUGACGACAAAAAAGCUCUCUUCUUGUGGUCUGUUGGUGAUUCAACUUAUGGUUUAUUAGAAUCAUUAAUGGCACCAGAUCAACUGACCGAUGAGAAAAUAAAAUAUGUUGAUCUAAUAAAAAAAUUAGAUUUACAUUAUGAUGCAACAAGGAAUAUAAUGACUGCAACAUAUGAAUUUUAUUCAUGUCAUCAGAAGCCAGGCCAACCAUUCUCAGAGUGGAAAGCUGAGCUUUGCAAUAAGAUGCGGCAUUGUGGUUUCAAUUCAUCAAAAUUAAAAGAUCGUCCUCAAGAUCGUGCAUUACGUGAUGCUUAUGUUAUUGGAAUAAACAAUCCAAAAAUAAGACAAGCUCUUCUCAAGGAAGAGGAUCCUGAUCUUGCUGCCGCUGAAAAGAUUAUUCAAGUAGCAGAACGUCUUGAACAAGACGUCCGACAAUUUAAUUCAUCGAAUAAUACAAAUGUUCCAACAGUGGCUAAACUUCAACAAAAGAAAUCAACAAGUAAAUAUUCAUCAUCAAAUGGAAAAUCAUUUUCAACAACAACAACAUCUGAUUCAUGCCAAUCCUGUGGAUCAACAACACAUUCACGUAGUGAAUGUAAAUAUCGUACAUUUGCUUGUAAUUUCUGCAAACGAACUGGUCAUUUAGAACGCGUAUGUCAGAAGAAGAAGAAUGGAAUUAAUACAUCUAAACGAAAUCCAACCACGCAUCAAUUGAAAUGUGUUAAAUGGAACAAAUCCAAGUCGACACAAUUGUCAAUAUCACUUCGGAUCAAUGGUCGAGAUUUUACUUUCGACGUGGAUACAGGUUCUGAUCAUACAAUUAUUAGUUCAGAUGAUUGGAAACAACUUGGUUCACCAACAAUUCGUCCAACUUCGUUGAAACUAGAAUGUUAUAGUGGUCAACAACUGGAUAUUCAAGGUGAAUGUGAUGUUCAAAUACAUUAUCAAAAACAAAAUUUCAAUCUUACGAUGGUGGUAAUCAAACGAACAGGAACACCUCUUCUUGGUCUUAGAUGGAUUUCAGCAAUGAAAAUAGAUCUCAAUAUAUUACUUUAUGGUACAAAUAACACCAGUCAACAAGUGAACAAGGUGUAUAGUCAAGGGAAAUUGAACGAGAUUCUGGACAAGCACAAGCAAGUAUUCAGCAAAGAUUUAGGUCAUUGCACCAAAGUCAAAGCACAUAUACAACUGGUACCAAAUGCUGUUCCAAAAUUCUUCAAACCCCGACCACUACCAUUCGCGUAUUUAGAUGGAGUGAAGGAAGAAAUACAAAGAAAUAUAACAAAUGGAAUUUUGGAGAAAAUUGAUACUUCACAAUGGGCUGCACCAAUAGUCCCAGUUCGUAAACCAUCAGGAAAAAUUCGAAUCUGCGGUGACUUCAAGGUGACAAUAAACUCACAAAUGCUCGUAGAUCAACAUCCAAUACCGUCGAUUGAUGAACUUCUUACUCGACUUAAUAAUGGUGAAAAAUUCACAAAAUUAGAUCUCACAGAUGCUUAUUUACAAGUUGAGUUGGAUGACAGUAGCAAAGAACUGGUGGUUAUAAAUACGCCAUUAGGUCUUUUCAAGUACAAUCGAAUGCCAUUUGGUAUCUCCAAUGCACCCGCAGUAUUUCAACGAACAAUUGAUCAAGUUCUUGCCGGUGUAUCUAAUAGUAUAGCUUAUCUUGAUGAUAUACUAAUAACUGGUAAAGAUGAAGAAGAACAUUUAACAACAUUGGAAUUAGUUCUGACAAAACUUGCUGAUUUUGGACUUCGUUGUAAUAUGGAAAAAUGUUCGUUCUUCCAAGAUGAAGUAGUUUAUCUUGGUUAUGUUAUCAAUUCAAAUGGUAAACAACCUGAUCCAACUCGAGUUACAGCAAUUCAAGAUUUACCAGCACCAACUGAUGUAAAACAAGUAGAAGCUUUUAUUGGAAAAAUUAACUAUUAUGGUAAAUUCAUCGCGAAUUUUUCACAUCUUUGUGCUCCAUUAAAUCGUUUAAGACAAAACAAUGUAAAAUGGAAUUGGGAUAGUUCAUGUCAAAAAUCAUUUGACACAUUGAAAAAACAAUUAGCAGAAACAACUAUGCUGGUUCAUUUUGAUCAACAACUUCCAUUAAUACUUGCAACAGACGCAAGCAGCUAUGGAAUUGGAGCUGUACUAAUGCACAGAUAUGCCGAUGGAACUGAAAAAACCAAUCGCACACGCAUCGAAAACUCUCAAUUCAGCUGA